AUGCCAGAGCGGCUUGAGGCAGAGAUGUUCUUGCGUGCCCGAAUGAGCGCGCAAACGAGGGUUUUCCAGACCUGUGUAGAUACUACAUUAGUGCCAGUGGCCGACUUGUUGAAUCAUUCGCCAACUCUGACACCAGGCGUUCUGUGGAGCUGGGAUGCGAAGGCAGAAGCCAUGAUUGUCACCGCAGUUCGUGCCCACAAUGCGGGUGAGGAGCUUUUCACCACCUAUGGUGCGAGGUCCAACAUGCUGCUAUACAGGACUUACGGUUUCACGCUCCAUCCGAUCAACGAGCCAAGCUUUACGUACAUCAUACGUCCACAUUUGGUAAGGCCAAUUAUGAAGAUUUUCUUGGAUGAUGAAGAUGCAAGGCCGUUGAUUCUGUUGGAGACAUCGCACAUCGAUGACUCCUUGUGCCAAAUGGCUCCAAGCAUAGCAGCGCCCAUCGGUGCGGCUUGGCUGGAGCAGAAUGGUCGCGGCCAUGUGAAUGGAGAGCAACGCGAGGUCUUGGCAAAAGCCUUGACUAGUGAGUUGGAAACAAAAGGCUUUCCAAAAGACACAAUCGAGAAGGAGGUUGGGGAAUUCUUGGACCGGGGCCGUGUUUCUGCUACCAACUUGGACCGCUUGGCCAGACGUGUGCAGUGCUCUUCCGUCAAACUGAAGCCACCGGAUGUGUUGUCUGCAAGAGUCCCUCCAGAUACCGAGAAGGUAAUGGACCUCCCAGUCCCCAAUUCUGCACGCGAGCGGCAGUUGCGAGGGAAGGCAACCCCUGACAUCCACGAGCUUGCAAGAUGGUCUGUUGUUGCUGCUAUUGAAAAGCAGCGAAUGGAGGACGAAAAGCAGGAACAGCAGCUAGUAGACCGAGAGCGAAAGUCCAGGGUACAGAGAGUUCCUCAAGGGCCAGGUGGAGGAGCGAUUGAAAGAGAAGGAGAAAGAAAAUGA